AUGGCCACCGCCGCUGCCCAGACACGCUCCUCACAGUUCACGGUUGGCAAGCUGGACGCCGGCAUGGCAAUGCUGCUGACCGAGGACUACCAGCUGAUAGAGUUCCCCUCGGUGCUUUUGCCCAAGGGCGUGGCCCUGGGCUCAGUCGUGACCAUCGACACCUGGGUCGUGCUUGAAUGGGAGCCGCUGGAGCUGGCCACGGCCGAGCUGCGCUCCCUGCACCUGUACCGCGACAGCCAGCGGCUGUUCCAGCCGAUGCCGGCGACCCUGGAUGCGGCCAACGCGCAACGCGCGAUCAAAAUCACCGGCCUCGAUGUCAACCAGGAGUACGACUUUAAGCUCGAGAUGCGCACCUCCGCCGGCCGCCUGUUCUCGAACUCUGUGCAUGUCAAGACCCAUGCGCUGACCGAUCUGAGCGGCGUCUGCGUGUGCUUUGGCGAGUGCGAGUCGCUUGAGGAGGUCGAGAACCUGAAGGCUGCUGUUGACCGCAUUGGCGCAUCGUGGGUCGACACUGUCUCUCUCAACGUCACCCAUUUCAUCGCCAGAUACGCUACCGGCCCCUCAUACGACCACGCGCUGGCUCUCAAUAUCCCGGUCGUCAAGCCCGGAUGGCUGCUGGCCUGCGAAGCCAACAAUAAGCUACAGCCAGCAAUCCAGUUCUAUCUGUCAUAA